CCUACAUUAGUCUUGAAGUAUUACGCGGUGUCAUUUUUAUGCGUUACAGGAAUUCUUGUUAGUAUUAUCUACAAGAACCUCGCUUAGCUAGGAGCUGUCCUUUCUCUCCCCAGCAGCCGAACGUGUGCAUUGUGCAUAAUGGCUGGAGGGAAGCUUAGAGACGUUUUGAAGAUGCCUCUUCCAAGGCUUUAGCGCGGAAGAGGUUGUGAAGGCAAUGAAGGUGCCAUGGCCUUCUUGUCUACCUUCAUGCUUCGGGCCCCGGCCAGCUACGCCAGAGUGCGAUGCAUCGCACUCAAGCAUUGGCAAAUGCCAUGGAACAUCUUCUACAGUGCGGGGCGGUAUCCUUAGUUUUCUCAGCGGGAUUAGUGGCAGCAAAGGAACAUGGGAGUACACCUCGUCUGAUGGCCCGAAGACGCGGAUAUCCGGGGCGAGGGCUCGAGUUGAUGCGGACGUCGUGACAUUGGCAACUGCCCGUUACCUGGAAUUGUUCACCUCGAGCUCAAAAUACCACGAUGAGCCCUCUGCGGUAUUCUCCGACCUUCGUCGAGGACACGACAGUAUCCGCUCGGUGCAGACGGUUUCCGAUCGCCAUGGCAGCCGCUCAAGCUUCUACAAUGGCGCGAGCAGGGGUAGCCGGGAGGCGCCGAGGCAAGUGCAUAACCCUUGCCACCAGCAGCCAGGUUCCCCACGCGCUCAUGCGCCAUGCACCACGCGUCAGUCUGCAUCGUCGAGCCGGGGCGCCAACACGCAGCCUGAAGCCGUGGUGCCGCCGCCGCGUACCACAUCUAUCGAACUCACGCAGUCAAAGUUGCAUGGAAGGCCUCUCCAGGACGCCCCUCACGCUCCUGCCGCACUGGGGUCCCUGAACCCCUUCCUCGCCAGGACGCGUGCCCUGGCGGACACGGGCCGCAGUCGCAGCGACCGCAUCUCGCCUAGUGCUGCCGCAUGCCUGCUUCCGGCGCCCUCAAGAAGGCACAUAUCCCGCGCGCACACCGCCCUUGCAGCCAGCAGCGGUCACUCGUCUGCCCUCAGUGCCAGCAUGUCCAUGGGCGAGCUAUGUGGGGCCGCUGAGAAGUCGGUUGCAUCCAGCACUUCCACCAAUGCGGCGGCUGGAGCAGUUGCCGGAGUCCCCAAGUCUCCGUUGCGGCGGUCGUCUACUAGCUGCUGUAACCUUGCUGAUGGCUACGCAGCCUCACGCCCUUCACGGCUCCACACGGAGAGCGGCGGAGACAUGGCAGCAUGCAGCAGCCUGGAGCGUGGGAAUCGAGCAGCGGGCGUCACUUCGCAGGCCCCAAGACCUCGGAGGUCCCUGGCUUCCGGCCCCUGCGGUGCGGCCACGCGGGGAUACCGACGCCCCAGCAUUGUCUUUUCUCAAGACGGGGACAUAACUGUCACUGGCUUGCCACCAUCGUGCCUAUCAGCGGGCAGGUCUCCCCGAUCUCGCAGGGACUCAUCUGCCUGUGGAUCCGGCCAUGUGCACGCGGCCAAUGUUGCGGGCGCCUUGGACGUUUCGUCUCCCCUACGUGCUAGCGCAGGCCACUGCGGCGGCUUUGGCUCCUACACCCGGCGCUCCGUUGACGGAAGCGGCCGGGAUCCCGGCGCGUCUCCGUCUUGUGGGCCGGGGCCAAUACCCCCUGCUUUCCUGUUGAGCCACAGCAAUGACAGCCGGGUUAACAACACCGACGGCGGCCGUUGUGCAGAUUCCAUGAACCUGAUUGUCACGCUGAACCCCCUCCACAGCGCCGGACUGUUCACGGAGUCCUCGAUCUUACGGAGCACUGAAGCUAUGCAUGCAGCUCUUGUGGUGAGGGGGAGCCAGUCACGGCACAGCGCGGAGAACCUUGCCGAGGAAGGAGCAGCAGAAGAGACGUCAGGCGGUGGUCACGUGACGAAGCAACUGCAUCGGGUGCUGGAGCGACCGGACCUUCGCCAUCAGCAACGCGACGCCAGGGCCCAGGCAUUGGCAGCAGUCGACUCGUCAAGUGAGGGCCAGCGUUGCGACUGGGGCGGCAGCUCACGUUCCGGUCCCUACCGCUUCAGCAACUCCAGCCACCUGACGCACGGCAACACUUCCGGCCCUGCCACCGUGCUUACGGGCAAUACAGCCUACAUGUUGUCGAAUAAUCCCCUGGAGGCGCUGGGGCAAGCCUGCAGUCCCUUGCGUGCCGCCCAGAAGGCCGCGGUUCAGUCGGAAGACGUGAACGCGGCAAAGAGGCCGCUUGAACAGCACGUCGGCCUCAACAACGCUCAGGAGCCUGCAACUGGAAGCGCCACGGCGCGAGAAGCUGACAACGGCCCGGCGGCAGAGGGCCCUAACCCAGCGACGGAUACGCUGUCACCUCUAAAGGGCGAGCGCUUGAACGGAGGCUGCACGGAUCUUAUGGACGGUAGCUUCGGCUGUCAGGGUUCAGGUCCGGGAGGGGGUCACCAAUGCUCAUUGCUGGCUGAAGAGGCUCGCGACGUGACCAGCGCCCUCAGCCGCCUGCAGGAGGCUUGCAUGGCAGCAGUAGCGCAGGGUGACAUGCGCAGUCAGCGCCUUUCCAGGCGCCUAACCACCCAUUUGCCCACGCUGCAAAUGCGGACGCCAGGACAGGCGCUUGGCCAGGGUGCUCGUGCGGGCCACGCCGCCAACAUGCGGCCUAACAGCAUUGGAACUGGCCCGGCGGCGGGUCGCAUCAUGGGUGCAUUCGGAGACAGCAUCGGCGAUCCGCGUGGCGUAGCCGGGUUUGCAGGCGGGCAAGCGGGCAGCACCACCCUCGUGCGCGUGGGAGGCCUUAACGCGCACAUGGCACUUUACGGCCCAACAGGCGGUGUGCGUACGGGUCCUGCCGCGCAUGUGCCGCCGGCCCUGUCGUGCUGUCCAGAGGUUCCAUGCAGCGAGGAGGCGCCGCCGGCUUCCAGCGCAUGGGAGGAUAGGGUGUGUGAUGAGCAUGACGACAGGGCUAGCGUGAACCACGGCAUUGUGAUGGAUGGGCAGAUGCUGGACAGGCUUAACUGCACCGGGGAGGAGAGCUUUGCGGUUGAGGAUUUUGGCGGCGUGCGCCGGGAGCUCAGCGGGCCGGAAGCCGAGGCGGAGGCCUACCGCACGCGCAUGUUGGAUGUGCUGCUGUGUGGGGACUUCCUGCACGACACGCAGGAGCUCGCAUCGCUGCCAUGCAGCGACGAUGAUGACGAUGUGGAUGUGGAGUACCGGUAUGGCGGUUUCGAGCUGGGUGGCGAGGAAGUGGACACCUCAUACCGGCGCCAGGCUUCGUUUGUGGAGGCUGUGCGGAAGUGCAGCGCGCAGGCUCGGGUGGUGGGUGGUGCGCUUGUUAACACGGCAGGGUCUGAGACUGCGGCGCAUGGUGCUCGUGCUGGACAUGCCGCGGCUUCACCCGCGUAUCGGGGGGCUCCCCGUUAAGCAAGUGUACGGGGCUCGGAGGCUAGAAUGGUUACACACAAGCGGGAGACACACAGGGGCGUUGAUUGUGGGUGUGGGCAUUGCGUGCGUGCAUGCACUUCGCUGCGGGCAUUAGCUGUUUGCUGGCCGCGAGUAGGAGCAUCAUUGGUGAUUGCAAGGGAUGCUGGUUCAUCUCUAGUCGUGAUUAAUGUUGUAGGGCCGUGCCUCUAUUGGCUUACUCGAAUACCUGACAUCUACAAUAACAGAGAGGCAUGGAAGGGUGUCGGCCCAUGCGCAGCUCACGUGUUGCCGAGGCUGCUUUGAGAAAAGAGCAAGGGCCCAAGGCCAUGACCAUUGAUCCAUGGUUGUGUAUGGUUGUGAAGAUGAUGUUUUGGCCAAUCAUGUGGGGCUUCUGGCUCCUUACUUCAUUCGUUGUAUUGGUUUCUGCCGAGCGUGAAGUGCUAGGUGGACCAAGCAUGCACCAGGUCACACCUCAAGUCUUGUUCCUGUUUGUGGUGCUUACACAUGAGGGCGGCGUGCAACAGUGCAGUGGUACCGGUAUUGGGUUGCACUUGCCGUUCAGUGUCUCGAAACUAUACUAGGCGGUUGCAUUGGCUUUAACAUUAAACGAGCGAGCAUUUGUACAUCGAGUCUCUUGGCGGGUGGGGGCUUGCUGUAUGGGCUUGCUAUAGAGGCUGGUUCGGUUGGUUCUGACAACAUCAUCGAUCCUGAAGGGACGGCGCUCGCGUGCUCCUUGACCCUUGACACACUCGUGAUGUAACCGGUAUAGAAGUUAUGUAGUAGUAGGAUGCGUUGUUGGCUGGUUGCAAGGUGCGGUGGAGCUCAUGAGGUCCGCAAGCUCGCAUCACAUGGCUCCUGGUUCGGAUGAUUAAAGCAAAGCAAAUGAUGCGGAAAUGUGAAGUAUCAUACGGGGAGCAUGGGCAUCAACUGGCAUGGCAGGUGUCGGUGCCCGACCUCGUGUGAUGGUAGGAGGCUAUCUGCCCUAAUCCGUGACCCUUGCAGCCGCUAGGCAACAAAAGCUUGAAAUGAUGCACAAGAGCGGUUGCUGUUGCAGUUGCUGUUGUGCUCUUUCUGCAGUACAAGCGCUGGCAAUGAGUGUACGAUAACGAACGGUGCUUACAUGAUUGGCCGUGUGACGCUGCAGUGGCUGUGUCCUCUCGGUCUUGCGCCCUUAGAUAUGUGUAAACGUGGCUUCAAUUGCUCCUCGUCUGCUGCUGCCGUACCGCGAGACGCGCAUGCUGUUGGCCACUGUUGGCGGGGUGGACUGACACUUGGUUUCAGUUGUUGGCAGGGGCGUGUCCGCUGCAUUGGCACCGGGCAUUUGAGUGGCUUGCUAGAGCGUGGCCAUCUGAUCGUAGGCGCUGGUGAUGUGAUCUAUAGCUGGUUAUUGUGGCGUUUAGGGUGCUGUAACCUGGGUAUUGUGGAUUUCCCGCCUGGUCCCGCCUAUUGGUAUAAAGGCGGAUCCCCUUGAAGUGCUACUGAACUACUAUUAUUGACGGAGGGAAUGCGCUGGUUGCAAUGUUUUCCUUUUUUGUUUUGAUGGUCGUGAAACCUCGUUGCUUGACCUCGUUGGCUAAGCAGGCGUGUAAGCAACAGCUCCAUCUUGCUACAGAACAUGGAUAAGCUGUUGGCUAUGUUGUGUGUAUUCUGUUCUCCCCCAUGGGUGGCUGUAAGUGUCGGGAGCGAUGGGAAGCAACCUUCCAGACUGCUGUACCGGUAGUCGUCUCGUGUCUGUUUACACGCUAACGGAUAGUGCAGUACGAUCUAAUUGCUGGAUAUGUAAAGUGAACUUGCCCAUGUAAAGACAGCUGUAAGCGCUGCAUGUUUCCUAUAUACCAUGUAAACCUUGGGAGUCUG